AGUGCAUGACAAGAAAAUAGUUUAUAGUUGCCGCAUACACUUACACUUAUAAGGCAAAGCAACAGCAUGUCUCCUGCAAAUUUUGAUUGACAUACUAACUGGAUCAAGUGAGUUUAAAUGAGCUGUGCUGAUGGAUGGAAACCAUGCCGAGAAGGAGACGGACAGGCACCCUCCUCUUCACAUGCCGCAACCGUGACUGCGACUGAGCACCAGGUAUGUCUUUGUCUUGUUUAAUUUGUUCGUUCCUCCCUUCUUUGAUACCCCAGGCCCCUAUUACUGCUAUUUGAAAUGCCAGUUGCCCUUCCCCAAAAUUAUAGGGUGCUAAUGCCAUGCCCACAAGCUACCAAAAAUAUAUAUAUUAAAAGAAAAAGGCACCAAAGCGGUUGUUAUGCCUGCUUUUUCUUAGUCACUGCACGCCGGCUGUUUUGUCUGAUGUUGCUGCAUCGCACUUGUCCUCUUUUGAAUAAUAUAAAAAAGAAGGCUCAUAUCCACUAUCACUCCACUCAUCCUAAAUUAUAAUAUUCGUUUAGUUCACCAACUCAGUGCUGCUUGUGUUCUCUAAUUGUACCAUCCAUCAUGCAUACUUAUAUAACUCGCUCAUAAGUCUUGCUUCACUUGCCUUGCAACUCUUUCGUUGGAUUAGGUGUUCCAUUCAUGAUUGAUUUUGCUAUUUUUUUCUUCUUUGCAGCAAUAAGUUUCUUGACUCAUGAGCGAGCUGAUGCAUGUUUUGAGUUAUGAUGUGGCAUCCACAACAGAAAUUUCUUUUAUUUCAUCGAUUAAGGGUUGGCUGCACUUCUAACCCAUCGCAGGGCACCACAUUCUUCUUGGCUCGUGUUGGAUUUGUAGCGGUGGCGGAGAAGGAUUGGAACUUGGAGUUGUCUUCUUUCUUUGUUUUUCUAAAAGGAAGCGACUGAACUUCACAUGCCAGCGUCUGUGAAAAGUACCUGAGAGCUCGCCUAUUCUUGCAGCUUAAUGACUGACUGAAGCUGCAGGACCCACGCGUCAGUGGCUGCGAACAGUACCUGAGGCCAGCAAGUUUAAUAUAGUAGAGUAGUUGAUGUCGAUGCAAGCAUCGAUCGAGUUGGCUUCUCAGGCUGACAACUCAAAGUGAAAGAAGAUAGGAAGAGAGAUGGAGUCUCUCCCUGUGCCGAGCGUGCAAGCAAUGGUGGCGGCCACCGGUGGAGCCCAUGUGCCGCCGAGGUAUCUCCGGCCAGAGGUGGCUGCAGAUGCUGUCGCUGGCGACGGUGAGGCCGCGAUACCCAUCAUUGACUUUGAGAGGCUGCUUCACCCGGAGGUUUGUCGUGAUGAAUCUGCACGCCUCCAUACGGCCUGCCAGGAGUGGGGCUUCUUCCAGCUCAUAAACCACGAUGUUCCGGAUGAUGUCAUCGAGGGGAUGAAGGCGAAUGUUGAAGGAUUCUUUGGGUUGCCUGCAGAAACAAAGAAGCAGGUUGCUCAGGAACGAGGGCAGCUGGAGGGUUACGGUCAACUGUUCGUGGUCUCGGAGGAUCAGAAGCUGGACUGGGCUGACAUCCUUUACCUGAAUACGCAGCCGCCUCAGCACAGGAACAUGAGAUUCUGGCCUGACAAGCCCGGCACCUUCAGAUCGACGCUGGACGCGUAUUCGGCUGCUGUGAAUAAUGUGGCAGAUCGCCUGCUGGGUAUCAUGUCCACCAACUUGGGUCUGCAACCGGAGGCGAUUGCUAGCAAAUGCGUCGGCGGAAUACAGUCAAUGAGAAUGAACUACUAUCCUCCAUGCGCCGAGGCGGACAAAGUUGUGGGCUUCUCGCCCCACUCGGAUGCUGAUCUCCUCACCCUCGUCCUGCAAGUGAACCAGGUUCAAGGUCUGCAGGUAAAGCGGGACGAUGGCAGCUGGGUUCCCGUGCGGCCUCUCCAGGGCGCUUUUGUUGUCAACGUGGGAGACAUUCUUCAGAUCUUCACAAACGGAAGGUACCGGAGCAUCGAGCACCGGGCUGUGAUCAACACGGAGAGAGCGCGGCUGUCCGUUGCGGCAUUCCACUCUCCGAGCAUCCACGCGACGAUAGGCCCUCUGAGAGAGCUCGUCACUGACCAGGAGCCGGAGAUAGUGAUGUACAAGACGGUGGACCACGAGAGCUUCAUGAGGCUCUUCUUCUCCGCCAAGUUGGAGGGCAAGAGCUUCUUGCAACGGAUGAAGCUCUAGACACAGCUAGCUAGCAGAUGCUUUAAUUUUCUUCUUGCAUUGCUUGUUGCUUGGCUUUCCAUCCAUACAAUUAUAUUUUUGCUUGUCAUGACUUCAUUUGUGCAUUUCGUAAUUUGUUGUUUUCACGUCACUUGAGUAUAUUGAUCCUUCUUAAUCCAAUCAUUAUUCACCCAUAAACAAUUUGUUA